AUGGCCAAGAACAAGAACAUAAACUAUAAAGGGCCUUAUGGUUACCAAAAGCUGAAAGAAAGAGAACCCCGAGCUUGCAUCCGAUUCAAGUGUGCCCUCACGAACACCAUUUCAGACGUCCUCCGGCAACGGCCAGGAUGGGUCGAAGUGAAAGAGGAAGGCGAGUGGGACUUCUACUGGUGCGACGUCCGCUGGCUGCAGGAGAACUUUGACCAUACCUACAUGGACGAGCACGUGCGCAUCAGCCACUUCCGCAAUCACUACGAGCUGACCCGGAAGAACUACAUCGUGAAGAACCUGAAGCGGUUUCGGAAGCAGCUGGAGCGAGACGCCGGGAAGCUGGAGGCCGCCAAGUGUGACUUUUUCCCGAAGACCUUUGAGAUGCCCUCGGAGUACCACUUGUUUGUGGAAGAGUUCCGCAAGAACCCCGGCAUCACCUGGAUUAUGAAACCUGUUGCCCGGUCUCAAGGGAGAGGCAUUUUUCUCUUCCGGAAGCUCAAGGAUGUGAUUGACUGGAGGAAGGACGGUGCUCGCUUCGAUGAGCAGAAAGAUGAAAUCCCGGUGGAGAAUUAUGUGGCUCAGCGAUAUAUCGAGAACCCGUAUUUAAUAGGUGGUCGGAAGUUCGACCUGCGGGUGUACGUCCUGGUCAUGUCGUACCUCCCGCUCAAAGCGUGGCUCUACCGGGACGGCUUCGCCCGCUUCUCCAACACCCGCUUCACGCUGAAUUCCAUCGACGACCACUAUGUUCACCUAACGAAUGUCGCGGUGCAGAAGACGGCCCCCGACUACGACCCCGAGAAGGGAUGCAAGUGGAUGAUCCAGCAGUUCCGCCUGUACCUGACGGCCAAGCACGGGGCGGAGAGCACCGAGAACCUCUUCUCCGAGAUGGACAACAUCUUCAUCAGGAGCCUGCAGAGCGUCCAGAAAGUCAUCAUCAGCGACAAGCACUGCUUCGAGCUGUACGGUUACGACAUCCUGAUCGACCAGGACCUCAAGCCGUGGCUGCUAGAAGUGAACGCCUCCCCGUCUCUCACGGCUAGCAGCCAGGAGGACUAUGAACUCAAGACCCGCCUUCUCGAGGACACACUGAACAUAGUGGACAUGGAGGGCAGGUUGACAGGGAAAGAGAAGCGCGUGGGAGGCUUCGACCUCAUAUGGAAUGACGGGCCUGUCAGCAGAGGAGACGGGAACCUGGAUACACCCAUGAACGGCUUUGUGGCAAACACACAUCUAGGCUACAACAAUGACAGGAAGAAACAGCUGAAGCAGCUCUUCAAGCCUUUUCAGACACAGCCGAAAGUGUAGCACUCAGCCAGAGUGCUGCAGGAGAGACAGUCGAGACAG